GCGCAGGCGGAGGGGCGCGUGGCUCCCGGCUCCCCGCGCCAGCCCCGGCCGCCCGCAGCGCAGCGCAGCGCAGCGCACCGGGAGCCGCUCCGGAGCGCGCACCCGCGGGCGCGGCCUGGAAGGAGCGAGGAGGCAAAGCAUUCCUUCUAGAAGCAAGCUGAAGUAAUGAGAAGACAUUAUGGAGGCCCAGUCCCACAGCUCCACAAGCACUGAGAAGAAGAAAGCCGAGAAUUCUAUCGUGAAAUGUUCCACUCGAGCAGACGUCAGUGAGAAAGCGGUGGCCUCCAGCACCACUUCCAAUGAGGAUGAAAGUCCUGGACAGAUCUAUCACCGAGAGAGAAGAAACGCAAUCACCAUGCAGCCUCAGAGUGUGCAAGGGCUCAGCAAAGUCAGCGAGGAACCCUCAACUUCUAGUGAUGAGAGGGCCUCGUUGAUCAAGAAGGAGAUCCAUGGAUCCCUACCACACCUGGCAGAGCCCUCAGUCCCUUACCGUGGGACUGUGUUUGCCAUGGAUCCCAGGAAUGGUUACAUGGAGCCUCACUACCACCCCCCUCAUCUUUUCCCUGCCUUCCAUCCUCCUGUGCCAAUUGAUGCCAGACAUCAUGAGGGCCGUUACCAUUAUGACCCGUCUCCUAUUCCUCCAUUACAUGUGCCUUCUGCCUUAUCUAGUAGUCCGACGUAUCCAGACCUGCCCUUCAUUAGGAUCUCUCCACACCGGAACCCCACUGCAGCUUCGGAGUCCCCCUUCAGCCCCCCACACCCGUACAUCAAUCCAUACAUGGACUAUAUCCGCUCCCUGCACAGCAGCCCAUCCCUUUCCAUGAUCUCAGCUGCCCGGGGGCUGAGCCCCACAGAUGCUCCCCAUGCUGGAGUCAGCCCUGCAGAGUACUAUCAUCAGAUGGCCCUGCUCACAGGCCAGCGCAGCCCCUAUGCAGACAUCCUUCCCUCUGCUGCCACCGCUGGGGCUGGGGCCAUCCACAUGGAAUAUCUUCAUGCUAUGGAUAGCACCAGGUUUCCCAGCCCUAGGCUGUCAGCCAGGCCCAGCCGAAAACGUACACUGUCCAUAUCACCACUGUCAGAUCAUAGCUUUGACCUUCAGACAAUGAUAAGGACGUCUCCCAACUCCUUGGUCACAAUUCUCAAUAAUUCCCGUAGCAGCUCUUCAGCAAGUGGCUCCUAUGGUCACUUAUCUGCAAGCGCAAUCAGCCCUGCUUUGAGCUUCACCUACCCCUCUGCACCCGUCUCUCUCCAUAUGCAUCAACAGAUCCUAAGCCGACAGCAAAGCUUAGGUUCAGCUUUUGGACACAGUCCUCCGCUCCUCCACCCUGCCCCAACCUUUCCAACACAGAGGCCUAUUCCAGGGAUCCCUACGGUUCUGAACCCCGUCCAGGUCAGCUCUGGCCCUUCAGAGUCCUCACAGAACAAGCCCACAAGUGAGUCUGCAGUGAGCAGCACUGGUGAUCCAAUGCAUAAUAAGCGAUCCAAGAUCAAGCCCGAUGAAGACCUCCCCAGUCCAGGAGCACGAGGACAGCAGGAACAGCCUGAAGGAACAACCCUGGUCAAGGAGGAAGGGGACAAAGAUGAAAGCAAGCAGGAGCCUGAAGUCAUCUAUGAGACAAACUGCCACUGGGAAGGCUGCACAAGGGAGUUCGACACCCAGGAUCAGCUCGUGCAUCAUAUCAAUAAUGACCAUAUUCACGGAGAGAAGAAGGAGUUUGUGUGCCGUUGGCUUGAUUGCUCAAGAGAGCAAAAACCCUUCAAAGCCCAGUACAUGCUAGUAGUGCAUAUGAGAAGACACACGGGCGAGAAGCCCCAUAAAUGCACUUUUGAAGGUUGCACAAAAGCCUACUCGAGACUAGAAAACCUGAAAACGCACUUGAGGUCUCACACUGGGGAGAAGCCAUACGUCUGUGAGCAUGAGGGCUGCAACAAGGCUUUCUCCAAUGCCUCAGACCGCGCCAAGCACCAGAACAGAACGCAUUCCAAUGAGAAACCAUACGUAUGCAAAAUCCCAGGCUGCACUAAGCGUUACACAGACCCCAGCUCCCUCCGGAAACAUGUGAAGACGGUACAUGGCCCUGAGGCUCAUGUCACCAAGAAGCAACGUGGGGACACACACCCUCGGCCUCCACCCCAGAGAGAUUCCAGCAGCCACUCACAGUCUAGGUCCCCCGGCCGGCCAACUCAGGGAGCCCUUGGGGAGCAGAAGGAGCUGGGCAACACUACCUCAAAGCGGGAGGAAUGCCUCCAGGUGAAGACAGUCAAGGCUGAGAAGCCUAUGACAUCUCAGCCAAGCCCUGGUGGUCAGUCUUCAUGCAGCAGCCAACAGUCCCCCAUCAGCAACUAUUCCAACAGUGGGCUCGAGCUUCCUCUGAGCGACGGAAGUAGUAUAGCAGACCUCAGUGCCAUUGAUGAAACCCCAGUCAUGGACUCGACCAUUUCCACGGCAACCACAGCCCUUGCUUUGCAAGCCAGGAGAAACCCAGCAGGGACCAAAUGGAUGGAGCACAUCAAACUAGAAAGGUUAAAACAAGUGAAUGGAAUGUUUCCACGAUUGAACCCCAUUCUACCCUCCAAAGCCCCUGCGGUGUCUCCUCUCAUAGGAAAUGGUACUCAGUCCAAUACCAACCACAGUUCAGGCGGGCCCGGGACUCUUCUCCCGAGCAAAAACGACCUCUCUGGGGUAGACCUCACCAUGCUGAACACACUCGGCAGGAGGGACAGCAGCACCAGCACCAUCAGCUCUGCCUAUCUGAGUAGCCGCAGAUCCUCUGGGAUCUCCCCCUGCUUCUCCAGCCGCAGGUCCAGCGAGGCAUCACAGGCUGAAGGGCGACCCCAGAACGUGAGUGUGGCGGACUCCUAUGAUCCCAUCUCCACAGAUGCCUCCCGCAGGUCCAGCGAGGCCAGCCAGGGUGAUGGUCUACCCAGCCUGCUCAGCCUUACACCUGCACAGCAGUACCGCCUCAAGGCCAAAUAUGCUGCGGCCACUGGUGGCCCACCACCCACACCUCUGCCUCACAUGGAGCGGCUGAGCCUGAAGACCAGGGUGGCUCUGCUCGGGGAUGGCAGGGAGUCAGGGGUGACCCUACCACCAGUCCACCCUCCCCGGAGAUGCAGCGAUGGGGGAGGCCACAGUUAUAGUCGGCGCCAUUUGCUGCCUCGUGAUGCACUGGGGAACAGCAUGAGGAGAGCCAGUGACCCUGUGAGGACAGUCUCAGAGAACCUGUCACUUCCCAGGGUUCAGCGCUUCAGCAGCCUCAACAACUUCAGUCCUCCGGGUUUGCCUCCACCAAUGGAAAAGCAUAACUUAGUUCUGCAAAAUUAUACCCGACCAGAGGGCAGCCAACCCCGGCACUUCCAGACAUCACCUUGUCCCCCCAGCAUAACAGAGAAUGUUGCCCUGGAAUCUCUGACUGUGGAUGCUGAUGCCAAUCUGAACGAUGAGGAUUUCCUGCCAGAUGAUGUGGUACAGUAUUUAAAUUCCCAGAACCAAGCAGGGUAUGGACAGCACUUACAGAGUGCCAUCUUGGAGGAUAACAAAGUAACUCAUGGGCCAGAGGACUUGGACUUGCCUGGGCUGCCAGACAGCCAUGUUGGUCAACACUAUCAGUCUCUGGAGCAGCCCUGCUCCGAAGGCAGCAAAACUGACUUGCCCAUUCAGUGGAAUGAAGUCAGUUCCGGAAGCUCUGACUUGUCUUCAUCCAAGGUGAAAUGUGGCCAGCGUUCUACCCUGCAGCAGGCCCGAGCCUUUGGCUUAUACAACAACAUGAUGGUACAGCAACAGAAUCCAUGGAGGGGUGGGACUGGCCCACCUGGGGGAUAUCAGACCCUUGUAGAGAACAGCAGUGCCUACGGUGGCCCAGAGCACUUGGCAGUCCACAGUGGAGAUGGGCCUGGCCCCAGUGGAAAUUCCUUCCAUGAACAGCCCUAUAAGACCCAGCAGUAUGGGAACUAUCUCAACAGGCAGCCGCUCACUUCCAGUGCACUGGACAGUGCCUGUGGGGCUGGUAUUCAAGGGUCCAAGCUGAAAAGCACCACCAUGCAAGGGAGCAGGGGUCUGAUGGAUUUUGGCUUGUCAGUAGCACCAAAUGAGUUAGCUAGCAACAUGGUGAAUAGCCUACAAAUGCAAGACCCAAUGGGACAGGGGUACAUUGCUCAUCAGCUACUCGGUGACAGCAUGCAGCACCAGGGGUCAGGCCGCCCUGGUCAGCAGAUACUAGGGCAGGCCAGUACUACCUCACAAAUCAACAUCUAUCAAGGGACAGACAGCUCCCUGCCAGGGACUCAGGGCAGUGGCAGCCAGCCAUCAAGCAUGGCAGUUGUCAGGGGUUACCAGCCAUGUGCCAACUAUGGGGGCAGCAGGCGCCAAGCCAUGCCGAGGGGUAGCCUCACUCUGCCACAAGGACAGCUUGGUGACACGAGUCAGACCUAUAGGGUGACCAGCAUCAAGAUGGAGACGCGAGGGCAGCCCCAACAGCUCUGCUCUAACACGCAGAAUUACUCCGGUCAGUUCUAUGACCCAACAAUGGGCUUCAGUCAGCAAGACAGGAAAGCUGCUUCGUUCUCUAUUUCAGAUGCCAACUGCCCGCUCCAGGGGAAUGAUGCUGACAACUCCGAGUUACUUUCUCCAGGUGCUAACCAAGUGACAAGCACAGUUGACAGCUUUGACAGCCAUGACCUAGAAGGCGUGCAGAUUGAUUUUGAUGCCAUCAUAGAUGACGGGGACCAUACCAGCCUGAUGUCAGGGGCCUUGAGCCCAAGUAUCAUUCAGAACCUUUCCCACAGCUCCUCCCGCCUCACCACACCACGAGUGUCCCUCCCAUUCCCGUCCCUGUCAGUGAGCACCACCAACAUGGCUAUCGGGGAUAUGAGUUCUUUGCUGACCUCCCUUGCAGAAGAAAGCAAAUUCCUUGCUGUUAUGCAAUAGGUAUUAGGCAAGAAGGACGCAAAUAGACGUAAAACUUUAGGAAUUGAAAGAUUGAACUGACUCACUCUGUUUGGGGCUGUUUUUUAAGUUGUGUAUGUAUUUUAGCAAUCUCAUCUCACUUAACUGGGAUGUGUUUCAAGUAUAUUCCUUUUAUGGAAAAGGACUCUGAAAAACCCUAAGGUAUUCUAGGGAGAAACUGUCUUCCAUUUCAGUUUUGAAUCAGUAUUGUGACACCCAAAUCACCCUCUUUUCUUUUUUUUGACCUGUAAGCUCGCCCCCUUCUUAGUAAACCAAUGUAAAUGUGUGGUGCGCAUGUUCUUUCUCUGAGAAGAGAAGUCAUCAAAUUAAAGUAUUUGACAUGCUUCUCUGCUACUCCAAGGAAAUAAGAAUUGAUGUGCUUGUGACCAAGGGGUUACAGGGCCAGCCUUUAAAAAUCUUCCUUUACAAUGCUCAGUGUUUCAUGUGUGUGCGCACGUGUGUGUGUGUGUGUGUGUGUGUGUGUGUGUGUGUGUGUGUGUUCCCACACCACACUGAGUACAAGAGUCAGAAUAUGAAUAGUGAGUUUAAGGAUCUUUUGUAGCGUAAAUAGCAGAUUUUUUUUAUGUGUUCCCCACCUUAAUUCAAUUCAGGGCAUACUCUCAACAACUGUACAAAAGUGAAACCUGGGGCUCUUACAGAUAAGUUUGCUCACAGUUUGGGGGCUUUAAGUUCUUUGUUCUUCUACACCCAGUGGAUAUGUCUACAUGGUCAGUUCUCAGUUCUUUGCUGUCUUGCCACCUUUAUGAACAUCAGUGCUGAUCAGCACUGCAGUGAGGGACAGGCUGUUGAUGAUCUCAAACAUGAUGCUACUUUUAGCUGUUCUGGACAGAAGUUAGAAGAAUUAUAGAAUGAAGCAACUGGGUAGAAUUAGUUUGGAGAAUAUUUGUGGGUUUGCUAUACUUGUUAUUAGUCCUACCUCUUGCCCUAUUAUCACAGGAAACAAUUGAUUAUAUGUAGCUCUAAAUAUAUAGGUUUUUAACCCCACAACUGGCUGUAUCAUUAACAUUUACAUUAACAAAACUCAUAUGCAUUGACAUUGGCAAUAAAUUGCUUUAGUGCUUUUAGCAUUUGCAAGCAUAAAAGAAGAUACGAGUAACCGUAUAGGUUCCAAGUUCAGUUAGUCCUUAACCAUGGGCUCCUGACAAUGCUUUCGGUUUAGACUGAAAUACUCAAAGAUUUACAAAGUACAGCUAUUCCCCACAUGCAGUAGACACAUAAGUCACACUGUGUGUGCACAGAGCACAUAGAUUAUCCACCACUUUACUUUUCAAAUUAUAUAAAUGAUUAAAAUGUUAACCCCAUCAGCUCCUGAAGUUGAGUUUAUCCAAAGUGAUUAAUGGCGCAGUUGUGUGGCUUUUCCUCUUAAACCUUGCCAUUUCAAUCAGGAGUAGAAAGACAAAAAUGAAGUGUUUGUGAAUAGGAAGACUGGGGCGGCCAAUUUUGCUCAUGUUUGUUUUCUCUGAUUCAGACCACAAAUUUCAGCAUGGAGGAAACUUUGCCAUUUUGGAUUUUGUGGCUAAGACUGUUGGAUUUGCUUUCAAGUAGAUGUUCCCCAAACCAGUAUAGUGAUGAGCCGUUCACACCAUGAAGCCAUCUCCCAGGGAGCUCCUUGUAAAUCAGAGGACCGCCAGCCCUCAAGCAAGAGUAAACUCUUGUAGUUUUCACCUGAAAAGCAAGCAAGGCUUGGCUGCAUUCCCUGAAUUUCAUUCCUCCAUGAUUUUUACAACCUCUGGCCUGGGCCUUACCUGGCAUGUCUGAUGGUUUGGACCAAUCUCUUUUGUAGUCUUGAUUUCAAAACAUGUGGUUCAGGGUUGUCCACUCCUGACUGCACUCUCCUCCUCUGACAGAAACCUUUCUGGGUAGAAUCCUUGAGUGUGACUCACACUUUUCAACUGCUGUGAUUUUCCCCAUCAGCUAUCGUUCCUGAAGAGAGGGACGGUAAACGGACCAGGACUGCCACCAUCUUACCGUCUCCUUUUCCUUCUUUAAUUUUUUUCAUUUUCAUCUUUGCUUUCUGGGCUGCUGCCUUUAGGUCUGUGGAUGGAUGUUUGGCUCAAUAUGGCUUUUCUCAAAAUGGUAAUUUCA